AUGGUAUACUGGCAAACCACCCAUCCGGGCAGUGGUCUAUUUUCAGCGUCUUCCAAAUCCGACUUAACAUCCAUUUAUCCCAUCGCUAAGCUCUCACUCGACCAUGAACCUCUCAAUUUCUCACCAUUACCUGAGAUAUACGCGUCUGCUCUUCCUUCAGGCCUUCCAAAGGAGUUCGACACGCCAGAAAACCGAUUAUUGGCUCGCAGACUCGAUUCUUUCCUUCGUAGACCAAUUGAGACCCUUGACCAGGCUCAAGGGGCCAACUUUGACGGUUGCCCUGCGGACAUUUCGGACAAGCUGGUCAACCAGGAUCAACUGAGGGGAGAAUCAGACUUCUGGACUGCAUUGUCAACAAAUGAUAUCGUCCAGCGCCGAGUUGAGAUCGUCAGGGAACUGGAAGAAAAGGUGUUGAAGGGCGUGAGCGUGGUCUUUGAUGGUGUCAGCACGGGUCGAGGAAGGGGCAUAGUCUUGACUGCAGGUAACAGGGACACGGUAGAACGCUCUAAAUUCCUCCUCAAACAACUGAAGCGAGUAGGCGUCACUCUACCCGUCGAAGUGUUCCACUUUCCAGGCGAGUUUGGCGAUUGGCAAGAGAGGCGAGAGAUCGAGAGACUGGGAGGUACGGUGAAAGCUGUGCAGGGACUCGAGAAGGAGGAGAAUCUGUGGAAGAACUUUCACCUCAAGGGUCUGGCAAUCGUUCAGUCCUCAUUCCAGGAGGUCCUGUACCUCGAUUCAGACAAUGUGCCGCUACGCGAUCCGAGCCAUCUAUUCGACGGUCCUCUCUAUAUUGCACAUGGUCGAGCAGCCUUCUGGCCUGACCUGUACAAAGACCACCCCAGCAAUGCCAUCUGGCGCUUGGUAGGUCAGCAAUGUACGCUGGAUCAUUGGACAAUAGAGUCUGGCCAGCUGGUCGUUGACAAGGGAGGAAACCAUGGCCUAAAUUACGCAGCGCUGUUAAUAGCGGCUUACAUGCAACGAUCACACGAGUUCUGGUUCCACAUGGCGGGUGGAGACAAGGACACAUUCCGAUGGGCUUUUGAGAUUUUAGGGCUCACUUGGGCUCACCCCUCAAGAUGGAUGAGCUCGCUGGGCAUGCUCAACGAUUGGGAUGCAGAUAGGUUUUGCGGACACUCUAUCGUUCAAUACGAUCUGGUAGAAUCUGUGAACGAGCGGAAGGCACUACCAUUGUUCAUUCAUUCCAAUCUGCUGAAACAUCUCCUGGACUUUGGUAUCGGCAGAGGACACCUGUUUUCUCAUAUUAAACGACCUUUGAACGAUUCUUACUCAUCUCCCGCUCUCAACCAUUUCCGAAUGGACGUGUAUACUAGUCCCUCUAGAGGUCUCUGUACCGAUAUGAAAAUACAGCCUUCUGCUGUAAAGCACCUCACCCCGCAAGAAUUGAAAGGAUUAGAAGUCCAGAUGCAGUCUGUCAAGGAUGUCCCGGCAAAUCCGUUUGAAGGCUUUGAAGACGCCUACUGGGAUGGAGGAGGCAGGAUGGGAGGAUGGUAG